AUGUGGAUGCUGGUCCUAUGCGGGAUUUUCCUGGCAGCUGCCCAGGCCUGUGUCUUCUGCCGCCUCCCAGCCCGUGACUUGUUGGGCCGCCUGGAUAGGAUAUGCAGCCAGACAGAGGUCCAGUGGGAGGCAUGUGAGGCUCCCAGAGACUUCUCUAUCUUUGCCUUAGAUGAGGUGUCCAUGAACAAAAUCACAGAGAAGACUCAUCGAGUCCUGAGAGCCAUGGAAAUCAAAGGGUCUUUCUCCUCACUCCCUUUAUAUUGGGAAUGGCUUCACAAUACCAAGAUACCAGAGUACAUCAGGGAAGCUCUCUGUGCUCCUGCUUGCCGGGGCAGCACCACCCUAUACAACUGCUCAACCUGUGAAAGCAUGGACGUGCACUGUUGGACCCAAAAGCGUUGCUUCCCAGGAAGUCACAAUCUUUGGGAAGCCCGGAUUCUGCUCUUCUCUGUUUUUGUUGUUAUCCUGCUUCUGAGUAUUCUGAGCCUCGUAGUGGAGUGA